AUGAGCACAAACAACAAGAGACGUGGAGCUAGCGGUUCCAGUUGUGCUGUUCCUGGGGUGCCCGCACUUGUCAACGUUCCAACCGCGACAACCGCAAUGUCGGCCGACCUAGCAUCGCUUUUCGAGUGCCCAGUGUGCUUCGACUAUGUCUUACCGCCUAUAUUACAGUGCCAGAGCGGACACCUCGUCUGCUCGAGUUGUCGACCUAAACUUUCCUGCUGCCCUACAUGUCGCGGCCCACUCGGCAACAUUCGCAACCUUGCAAUGGAGAAAGUCGCUAGUAAUGUCAUGUUCCCUUGCAAACAUUCCAACACGGGAUGUAUGGUGACAUUAGUACAUACAGAGAAAGCAGAACACGAGGAAGCUUGUGAAUUCAGACCGUAUUCUUGCCCAUGUCCUGGAGCGUCCUGUAAAUGGCAAGGAGGUCUUGACCAAGUGAUGCCACAUCUUAUGAUGUCCCAUAAAAGCAUAACGACGUUACAAGGCGAAGAUAUUGUGUUUCUUGCCACGGAUAUCAACCUACCAGGAGCUGUGGACUGGGUUAUGAUGCAGUCCUGUUUUAACCAUCAUUUCAUGCUAGUACUUGAAAAACAAGAGAAGUUUGAUGGUCAUCAACAGUUUUUUGCUAUUGUUCAACUUAUAGGAUCUCGUAAAGAAGCAGAAAAUUUUGCAUAUCGGCUGGAACUCAAUGGUCAUAGACGCAGACUUACAUGGGAAGCAAUGCCUCGGUCCAUUCACGAAGGAGUGUCGUCCGCCAUUAUGAACUCUGACUGCCUUGUAUUUGACACGUCCCUUGCACAAUUAUUUGCAGAUAAUGGAAAUCUCGGUAUAAAUGUCACAAUAUCCAUUGCCUAGUAGUCAUUGCCAUGUCUAAACAAUAGCACCACUGAAAUUGUUAAUUUGAGUGUUAAGGUUAUUUUAAUUAGUUUUCACGCCAAUGAAAAGAUACCAGAACGAUAAUAAAAGUAUAGAUAGAAUGUAUUAUAAUUAUUACAAUGAAUAUAAAAAUAUGAACUUAAAAUAGUUACUAUCAUGUUUUGUAUCAAACUGUUGUAAUUGUAUAAAAUUAUAAUCAACAUAAAAAUGAGCCAAAAAUUGUUUCUUCAUUUUUAUUUUUGUAAAUGUGUGUUCAACUUUAGAAUUAAGUAGCUUAAAGUUAAUCCCUGAGUGAGAUAAAUUUUAUACCUCUAUUCGUGCUAAUAAAAGGACUAAGAUCGUAUAACCUUUUUAUGUUAUUCCAAAUGAACAAAUAUUUUUUUUUUAAUUAUAUUAUCUGUAUAUAUGAGUGAAGGUUGAAGGAUCUAUUUUAAAUUUUCUUGAGUCAAUCAAAUGCUGGUUAUUAAAGUCACUGGUUAAAGGACACAAGGGACACACUCGGAAUAGACAACUGUAAUGUGAUGAUCACACAAAUGUUAUAAUUGUAUUUAAAUAAAUGAUUCAAUAUAUUUUUGUAACAGCUCACAAUAAGGAGACAAACAGUGCCUCAUGUUUAAUACAUGCUAAGUUUAACAAACUUUAAAUUUAUUACUACAAAUACUUCAAAAUUGACAAAUAUAUUUGUGAAAUUAUUUAAUGAUUAUGUUUAAAGAAUGCAAUUGAACUAUACAUUCGCUUAACAUUAUCAAAACUUAGUUAAUUUCAUAAGGCAGCUGACCAUUUCUCUUUUGUGAGUAAAUCAAUUAGGUCUUGAAUAAUCAUAUCGUUAGUUUUAAUUUUAGCAUUGUAUUAUUAUUUAUGCAAAAUUCAUGUUACUUAAUAAUAGAAGUAUUUACCCUCAAUGUAAAAUGUGUCACUUUGAAAGUAGUGGCAUCAUUUUUUUACUAGAAUAUUUCUUUAUUAUUUAAACAUAUUUUUUUUAACAUUAGAUAAAAGAUUCCUUAUAAAAGAUUCUGGUUUAAAUAAAUUUUGUAAUGUAA